CACCUGCCCCUCCCUCUAUAGUACUACUACCUAGGGUCCUUUUCGCGGAAUCCCUGCAUUCUGCAAUCACUGAGCGCAUCAGAUUUCAAUGUCAUUGAGAGGAGAGAGUGGACGUCAGUCGGGACACUGCAGAUUCCAGAAGAGUCAUUGAAAAGACUUGGGUUUAGUUUUGGAGUGACGCGGACAUCCGUUGGGUGUCUUCCGCACAUCCGCACAUCCGCACUUACUCCUAUCAUUAUUACUACUAUGUAGGAGACCGCUCAAUGAACUUCAAGCUCACAACAAUGGCCACACCUCUACACAUCGAUGAGAUCCUCCAAGUCAUUAUCGCCGAUCUUGCUUUUGCAGACGAUAAAAAAUCCAUCGCUCGUCUUGCGCGGUCGUGCAAAGCGUUCACAGAUCCAUGCCUGGACAAUCUAUGGCAUACCAUACACUCGUUCUCCCCAUUCAUCCCUCUGCUUCCCAGAAGUGUGCAUUCUGCAGUGACCGGUGAAAGGAGAUCAAUGUCAUAUCAUUGUGAAACUUUCAAAUUUCACUGUUCAGCGCUAACUCAGCGCCUCAAAACACUUGGUCGCAUGCCACGUCCUGGAGAAUGGGAGUCUUUUGACAAAUACGCUCGCCGCGUUCGGGUAUACUGUCCUCAGGAACAGAACACCGAUUUCACCUACUAUCAAGAAGUGUAUCAACGGGCCUCUACCAUACGCCAGAAACACCUAUUUCCCAGACUGCAGCACAUCGUCUGGAAUACUGUCCACUCUAAUUCCAUCGAGGCUUGGUCGCUCCCUUCUUCAUUGCGGAAUCUCACUAUUUUCUCCAACCAACGCAUUAUCGUGGAUGAAUCCCUUCUACAUCAGGUAGCACAUGAUGCUCCUGAGCUCGAAACACUCAACAUCGCAACUGCAUCUGUGGGUUUCUUGCCAUCCAACCGCUGCAGAUCCGCCACCCUUCGGUCGCAUGAUCCCGCCAACAUCAGCAAUCGUCCCGUUUUCGCUUCAGUGACAAACCUCAGAAUCACAUUGGACAGCGACUUGACGAAGAUUUGGCAGCAGCUGGAUUUUCCUGUCUUUCCUGCUCUGGAAACGUUGCACAUCGUUGGUCCCCCCACGUCAGCGGCCUCGUUCGUCACGCAUGUUGGCGACACACCUCUACGUCAUGUUGAAGCGCGCUUUACACUCGAAAAUCAGGAUACUAUACUCUCAGACUGCCAGGCGUUCUUUGCGGCCCUAUUCGGGAAGCAUGACAACUCGAUACAGUCGCUCGGUAUCAUCAUCGAUGGAGAGUGCUGCCUGAAAACUGAAGGCGCCUUUAAUCAGUUCCUGGAGGAAUUUUCAAGAUCAUUGCGGCUCUAUGUGGGUAGAAGUGGCGUUGAGACAGCCAAGGUUACUGUACAUUCCCAAUGCUUCGGCAUGCGCAAUGAUCGACUUUGGGCUCGUUCUUUCUGGAUGUGUUCACGGCCUUUGACGACAGUGGUUGAAUUUAUCAAUCACACGUGGACUCAGAAGACAACGUUCCAGACUCCGUUCAUCGAAGAGGCACCUUGAAGCAUGUCGUAUACACUAGUUUUGUAGUGUUAGACUACGCACUUACAUACUUCCCACGAAUUGUACUAAAACAUCCAUAUCAAAUGCACAUUGUUAACUUAACAGCGCUAUG